ACCAGGUGCGGAAGUUGCAGGAAGAGUAUAAGGAGGCUGCCAGCGCCGUGCAGGAGCAGAAGAACCUCAUCGUUCAGCUGGAGGAUGACCUCCGGAAUGUCAACGCCUUGUCCUCCAUGUUUCGUGGGGACGCUGAGGGUGAGCCAGGGCCAGCUGACCCCAACACUGAAGCCAUGGCCUCCAUCGUCAAAGAAGUCAGCCAGUUUUCUCACACAUCAGAUUUCAACAAAUCAGCGGCCGACUCUCUGUUGCCAAUAGUUCAGAGCCAGCGAGAGAGAUACCGUCUGCGAGCGCAGGAGCUGGAAGCUCAAACUCUGAGCCAGCAGCAGCAGGUGACGGUGCUGCAGAACGAGAUGGACAAGCUGAGGUCAGACAAUGUCAAGUUGUACGAGAAGAUCCGCUUCCUGCAGAGCUACCCCAACAAGGGUGCCGCAGUAGAUGAUGUCACCACCAACUACUCAUCUCAGUACGAGGAGAGACUCGACCCAUUUACAUCUUUUAGCCGAAAGGAGAGGCAGAGAAGGUACCUGGAACUGAAGCCGUAUGACAAGAUUACCCUCAGCAUGGGUCGCCUGAUAAUGGGCAACAGCACGGCUCGAGUCUUUGCUUUCUUCUACACGGUCAUUCUCCAUGUGCUGGUGUUUUUGGUCCUCUACAAACUGGCACACACGGAAUCAUGCAAACGCGACAUGGUCGCCGACUGGCAUCAGAGGUAUGCUGAACACAUGAUAAAAGUCCAUGGAAAAGAGUCAGAAGGGGACCAUGUUCACCUGGAAGAGACCAAUCCUGCCAACUGA